AUGGCUAUUUUUAGUGAUCAUUCAUAUACAUCAAUUACAAUAAAAGUAAAUCAAUUAAUUCAACACAAGAAUGAUGAAAUUGAAGAUAUAAUGGAAUUAUAUUUAAGUGAUUUAUUACACCUUAUUAAAAUCCAACCACAAUCUGGAGCAACAGAAGCUGCAAGGGCAAUUAGGAAAAAAAUCAAAUAUGGUGACUCUGUAGAAGAACAAAAAAGAGCAUUAAAAUUAUUGGAAUUAUUAGUUUUAAAUUCAGGAAAUAAAAUAGGUACAAUUAUUGCAAGAGAUGAUAAAUUAUUAGAUGUUUUAAAAAGUAUUAUAAAUGGUCAUGGUAAAACUGGGUUAGGUUCAAAUUAUGAUGUUAAAAUUCAAAAAAUGGCUAUAAAUAUGUCACUUGGUUGGAAAACUGAAUUUCAAGAUUUACAAGGUUAUAAAUAUAUGCAAGAAUUAUAUAAAAAUAUUCCUAAAAGAAUAAGAAAUGAUUCUACACCAAGAAGAAAUAGAACUCCUGAAAGUGAUGAAGAAGAAUACUUGGAUGAUGAAAAUGAUCCUUAUUCUGAUGAUAAUACAUAUGACGAACCAAGACAAUCAAAAUCAAAAUCUUCAACUCCUAGAGCAACAAAAUCACCUAAAAUACAAUCACCUAAAAUCCCACCACCACGUCCAACAACAGCAUCACCAUAUUCAACCACCAAAAAGGACAAAAAGGACAAAAAGAAAUCCAAAAAGAAGAAAUCCAAAAAUGGUAUAAUUUACGCAGACGAAGAAUAUGCAAUCCCACAAAUUAAUUAUAAAUUAGAAACCCCCAAAAUCAAUAAUUUAUUAAGCGAAUGUAACAGUAUAACAAUAACAUUAAACAACCAAUUAUUACAUUUAUCAUCAAAUGAAUCACCACAAGAUUCAACAGAAAUAAUGAAAAAUUUCAAUCAAUGUAAAAAAAUUCGUCGUAAAAUUUUGAAAUACUUACAAUUUGUAGGAGCAGGUAACACAGAAGAUAAAUCCCCCGAGAUAUUACGUAAAGAUGAAGAAUUUUUAUCUAGAUUAAUUUUCGCUAAUGAACAAUUAAUUGAAACUUUUAAAAAAUUUGAUUCAAAAUCAGGUUAUUCCCAAGAAAAUCCAGCACCAUCACUUGACGAUGAUCGAGAAUGGAGUGAUAGUGAUGAAAGUUAUUAUGAUAGUGAAGAAUAUGAAAGUGAAGUAGAAGAUACUCCAGAAGAUCUGAUUUCUUCAAGAUUACAAUCAGUUACAAUGGAUACAAAGAGAGCUCCUCCACCACCACCACCAACCAAGAAAUUUGAAAAACAACCGACUUUGAAGAAUGGGUUUAAUGAAAAUGGUAAUAGACCAACUUUAUCUAAGAUGGAAACUAGCGAUUCUGUUGUUAGUAAUGAUCCAUUUGGUGAUAAAAAUGAAGUUUCGAAACUGAGUUCAGUGUAUUAUUAA